AUGGAAAGGAAUCGCAUAGCCAUUGUCGGCACCGGAAUAUCCGGCCUCAGCGCACUCUAUUCUUUGCGCAACACCCAUCAUCAAGUCCACGUCUUUGAAAAGGCAGACCGGUUGGGAGGUCACACCAACACAGUGACGUGGACACACAAUGGUCAGAAUACGCCCGUGGACACCGGUUUCAUCGUACUCAACACCGCUACCUAUCCCAACUUCAUUCAAUUCCUCACAGCACUUGGUGUCAAGACAAUAUCAUCAGAGAUGACGUUUGGCAUUUCUCGUGAUGCUGGCGCAUUCGAAUGGUCAGGCACUUCUGCCGCAUCUCUUUUUGCUCAGCCCAAGAAUGUCCUCAAGCCCACCUUCUGGCGGAUGAUCUUCGACAUUGUUCGCUUUAACCAGUUCGCGCUGGAUCUGCUCCAAACCCUUCCUGGCUCAACUGCCGCUAUAGCAGCUGCCGAGAUGAGUAUUGGCGAAUAUCUCCAGAAAGAGGGCUAUUCAAAUGCAUUCCGUGACGACUACCUCAUUCCAAUGACAGCAUCUGUAUGGAGCACAGGAGCCGACAAAUGCGCCCUACAAUUUCCCGCGCUGGCCCUCGUGAGGUUCAUGUGGAAUCACCACUUAUUGAGCACCGUGUCCGAAAGACCACCCUGGUUGACGGUUGCAAAUGGCGCGAAUACCUACAUUGAUGCUGUAAUGAACGAGUGUCGUAAUGCAAACAUUCACCUCGGCACGAAUGUGGACAGGAUUGAAAGAAGGAAUGGCAAAGUGGAACUCAGUCUGAUGGAAAAUUCUCAUCGCAAGACCGAAGUGUUUGAUCAAGUCAUUUUAGCGUGUCAUGGCGAUCAAGCGCGCCAGCUUCUAGGAGAUGCGGCUACUUCUGAGGAAGGCGACAUCUUGGACGCUUUCAAAACGACGCCAAAUACUGCAUACCUUCACUCGGAUCUUUCAUUCAUGCCAAAGCGCCGCACUGCUUGGUCCGCUUGGAAUUAUUUGACCACUUCUUCACCCGCUCCCUCCGCCACAUCUCCGUCAGGAUCUCUUCAAAACGUCUCUCUAACAUACAACAUGAACAUUCUCCAACAUAUACCCACCUCAAUCUUCUCUGACGUACUGGUCACACUGAACCCGGAACAACUUCCUUCACCUGCGCUUACCCAGGCCACAUACGAAUAUCGUCAUCCUCUCUAUAAUGCCCGUAUGGUGAACGCCCAGGAAAAGCUAGGGAAGAUUCAAGGCGAACAGGGUAUCUGGUAUGCGGGUGCCUGGACAGGAUAUGGCUUCCAUGAAGAUGGGUGUAGAAGUGGGCUCGCCGUAGGAAUGCGGCUAGGCGGAGAGGUCCCGUGGGAGGUGGUCGACGCAAAGUUCAUGCGUGGACUCAAGCCAAUACUCAAUUGGAAGGACUAUUUGUUGAGAUUCAUACUGGGGUUGGUGCAAUUGGUGAUCAGUCUGCUGGAGCGUGUUGUGGGUAUUCAGAGACAAGCAGUAGCCAAUGUCGACAGCCUUCGUACACUUGGAAAAGCCAAAGCGUCCUGA